AUGCCCAAUUGUGUCACGUCAUGCGACAACGUGGAUGUGCCGUACCCGUUCGGCAUUGGCCCGAACGCCAGCUGCUACCUGCCGGGGUUCAACCUCGCAGGUGACACUAGCGGCGGCAGGGCACGGGGUUCAAGCCCGCUGCUACCGGACGCCGACAAAGUCCUAUGGACCCCCGAUGUUGGGUACCCUUUUCUGCAGCCCCACCGCAAUGGUGAACUAUACAUCGACGUCGACAGCGAUGGUAACGGCAACGGGACGUUCAGCAGCGGGCUUAGACACGCUGGGGCGCCAUACACGCUGGCGAGUUGCCAGAUGACGGUGAAGAGCAGCCAUGUCAUCGUGGCCAGCAGCACGUGCACCUCGCUCUGCGACUGCGUCGAUACAGAAGAAGACCAUCAGUCGCCACCCACAGAACAAGACGAUGAAAGCGGCAUACCAUACUACCACCCCGACAUCGUCUCGUCCGGUGGUGAAGAUGAAGAUAACGACAAUGAAGCAUACAACAUCACCGACAACGGAAUGUCGUCCGACUACGAUGUACAACUCACAUGGUUGGGUCGUCGAAACCGUAGCGCGGACCUGGAGCUUGUCGAGCUGAGCCCUGUCUAUGACAAGCUCCCAAUACAGCCAGACAUCGGCCUCGCGGGCGACGGACACUCCACCGUCAUGAGCACAUGCCUGAGUAGCGCGUUCCACACCAACGGAUACCGCAUCGUCAUGAGCACAUACCCGAGGAGCGGAUACGACACCAACGACUCUCAUCAAUUUGUCGCACUACCGGGCCUCAUUGACAAACUGAUGCCGGAGGGUUCUCAACUGGUGCACAGGACGCCCGCAGCAACUAUGAAGUUUCCCGCUCGUCUCGGGAUUAUCUUGCUUAUGGACAAUGGCUCAUCAUUGACCAAUGUGAGCUCAGAUCCGGACCUCUGCAAGAGCAAGCAAAGCCACUGCUAUACAUGCGAGUGCAGGGACGGCUUCCAUGGCAACCCCUAUAUCCCUGACGCAUCCAAAGGUGAGAGCAACAAAUCCUUUAAAGGUACAAAAAUAAUUAUUGGGGUCGCUAUUGGGGUGGUCCUCUUACUUUUGGCUCUCAUUGCAUACUUCACUUCCUACAAAUUUAAGCAUUGGAGCACACAAAGUUUGAAAUGGAAGUAUUUCAAGAAAAAACAUGGGCAAUUAUUGCAACAGUUGGUACCUCAAAGGGCUGAUAUUGCAGAGAAAAUGAUCAUAACCUUGGAAGGUCUAGAGAAAGCAACAAACAAUUUCGAUAAAGCGCAUGAACUCGGUAGAGGCGGGCAUGCUAUCGUCUAUAAAGGGAUUUUGUCAGACCUCCAUAUUGUGGCCAUCAAGAAACCAACAAUGGUGGGUCAAAGGGAGAUUGAUGAGUUUAUUAAUGAGGUUGCUAUCCUAUCACAAAUCAACCACAGGAAUAUUGUAAAACUAUAUGGUUGUUGUCUUGAAACAGAAGUACCAUUGUUGGUCUAUGAGUUCAUAUCCAAUGGAACUCUUUAUGGUCAUCUCCAUGUUGAAGGACCAAGAUCAUUACCAUGGGAUGCUAGGCUACGUAUAGCAACUGAAAUAGCAAAAUCUCUAGCCUAUCUUCACUCAACAGCUAUAAUACCUAUCAUCCACGGAGAUGUCAAGCCUGCUAACAUACUUCUGGACGAUACACUAACAGCAAAGAUAGCAGACUUUGGCGCUUCAAGGUAUAUUUCAUUGGACAAAGUAGGGUUAACAAGAAUGGUCCAAGGUACAAUAGGAUAUAUGGACCCGAUGUACUUCCGCACGUGCCGCCUCACGGUGAAAAGUGAUGUUUAUAGCUUCGGUGUUAUGCUUAUAGAGUUGAUGACGAGAAAGAAGCCAUUCAACUAUAUGGAUUCUGAAGGCAAUGGCCUCGUGGCACAUUUUUCUACCUUAUUUGCAGAAGGCAGUCUGUCACAAGUAUUAGAUCCACAAGUUAUGGAUGAGGGGGGCAAUAAAAUAGAAGAAAUUGCCGGAAUUGCGAUAUCAUGUGUAAAAUUAAGAGGGGAGGAACGACCAACCAUGAGACAAGUGGAGAUGAGGCUGGAAGCCGCUCAACCACACGAGGAAUUUGAAACAAUUUCUCCAUCAACUAGAGAUGGAGGAAGCAGCGAGGGAUUGACAAGUAGGCAAUAUAGCAUAGAAGAAGAGUACAUGUUGUCUGCAAGAUAUCCACGGUAG